GAUUUAUUAACGUUUUAUAAUUAGUAUUAAUAAAGAAUUUUGCACACACAACAAAUCAUGGAGACAUAUGAUACAUCAAUAAGAAUUCAUUAUUUAAUGUACUCUUGUAAGAAAUGCACUGAAAUCAACAAAUAUUUUUGCUGAAUCAGCUCUAAUUCAUACAAGGCCUGUGUACUGUAGAUAGGUUUAACAUAAUAAUGGCCUGAUAUGGGUUUAAAGUUAGUUUUUUGAAUAGAUGCAUGCAUGAACACACACACACACACACACAUGCACACACACAUGCACACACGCAUGCGCGCACACACACACGCACGCACACACACACACACACACACACCAAAGCAAACGAUGUCACAAAGCCAUAACCCAGUGAUGUCAUAAAAUUCUCUCAUGUCACAAAGGAAUCAAUCAGAUACAGAAUCUAUAAGUAACUGCAAACCAGACAGAAUCUCAACCUGAGAGCAACAGGAGAACCACGUUAACUGUGUAGGAUCAAGUCUUUACGUUCGCACACUUCAAUUACGUCUCGAAAUAUAUCCGAAGACCAUCCAUCAACAUCACAAUGAACACGUCAGACAAGCUGCAGAUUUUUAAAGGGAGCACACUCGGCAGGUGCCACACCGUGGAGGCUUUCCUCGGCGAGGGCGGCUUUGGUUUCGUGACCAAAUGCCGCAACACUGAAACUGGCAGGACGGAGGCUGUGAAGGUGAACAAGAAUCACCCCGAGGUCGUUUGUCAGGCAAAACUGGAGAUCUCCAUUCUGAAGAGGCUGCGGUGUCUGGAUCCAGACACCUGUAACAUCGUUAGGUGGAAUGGCUUCUUCUUUGAUCAAGAACACAUUUGCCUGAACUUUGAACUUCUGGACCAAAGCCUGCGGGAUUACAUGGCAGACAGGAAUCAUCAGGGUCUUUCCAUCAGAGAGCUGAGUCCAGUCGUGCAUCAGCUGGCCACAGCCCUGUCCCAUUUGAGAUCGAUCGGAAUCGUGCACGCCGAUCUCAAACCAGAUAACAUCAUGGUUGUGGACCGAAAGCAGCAGCCGCUAAAAGUCAAGUUGAUUGACUUUGGACUAGCUCGUCCUGUGUCAGCAGCUAAAGCUGGUGCCUGUGUACAAACAACAUGGUACAGGGCACCAGAAAUCAUGCUACACAUCCCAUUUAACGAGGCCAUCGACAUGUGGUCUCUGGGACUGGUAGCAGUGGAGCUGGCAACAGGUUGCCCUCUGUAUCCUGGGGAAACAGACUACGACAUGUUGAACUUCAUCAUGGAGACCCAGGGUCAGCUAGCUGACUAUCUGCUGGAUCGUGGAAUGGGCACAGAUUAUUACUUCCACAAACAGCAGAAUAGUCAGCCACGGUGGACAUUCAAGACGCCAGAGGAGUUCGCGUAUGAGACGGGGUUCUACGCUGAAGAGACGAGAUACAUCAGACUGGGGUCUCUUGAUGAUCUCGAGCAGGUCCUGGCCAUGGAGAGGGGACACCAGAGCGACCAGCGUCUUUUCGUAGACCUGGUCAAGAGGAUGCUGCAGCUGGAUGCAGACCUGCGUAUUAAACCCCUGGAGGUUCUGCGGCAUCCUCUUUUUAACCACAGCCCCCCUCAGUGCUCCCGCCCAGACGUCUGCAUUACAAUAGACCUUGAGGAGACUGAGCCUGAAGUGAGCUGGCAGCCUUCCACACGUCAGACAGCAGGACCAGGAGGCAUUCUUCGACGGCGAAGGGUCCCAACUCUAACUGCAGUGUCAGAACAUGAGUGGGCCGCGUUGGAGGAGAAUGACCUGAAAGAGGCCGACGUCCAGCCAGAGGACAACGUCAAGCAGGACGGCUGGUUUAGACGCCUCUUCAGUAGGAUCACAGGCGCUUUCCACAUUCUGCUUUCCUGUGACGGCUAGGACAACAGUUAAACAGUUGAUCAAACAGGUUUUAUCAACUGCUUAACUUAUUAGUUUUAAGUCUAUUAUAAUUUCAAUUGUGUAUAUAUUUAAUGAAUGAACAUGCAAGCUUUUAUUAUGUGAUAGAAAUUCUAUUAUUUCCUUCAGUGAAUCAUGAUGCAGUUGGUAAAGAAUCAUCACAUACAAUAUAAAUGCUUGUUCAUUUCAUGACCUCACUGCUUGUGCACUUUGAAUACUGUUCAGUGUCUUGACAACACCAAGCAGGACGGCUGGUUUAGACGCCUCUUCAGUAGGAUCACAGGCGCUUUCCACCUUCUGUUUUCCUGUGACGGCUAGGACAACAGUU